GCCGCGCUCCAUGUCCCUCGGCUCGGCGGCAGCCCCAGCAGCAGCGGCGGCGGCGGCGGCUGCUGCAGGCGCCGAGGCGGCGGCUCCACAUCGCGCGCGGCGCAGCCGGGCGAACUCCUUCCUGCCUCCCUCGGCUCCUCCGGUUCACCGGGCCGGCCGCACCCCGCCCCGGGCUUCCGGCCGCGCCCCCUCUCCCCGCCCCUUGCCGGCGCCUGACGCGCGCGGGCACCUGUUCGCCGCGCCCGCGCGGGAUUCGCCGGCUCGCGGGUCUCCUCAGCGGCGCCCAGGUGGCGCCGGCGACCUUAACUCCUGCGCUGCCUCAAGCCCGGGGGCGGCUGCGCGCGCCGCCUGGGGAGGCGGCUGGUGCAUCCCUAACGGUUCGGGCGGCUCCCCGGUGCGGCCACGCCCCCGGCCUCGCGCCCACAUCGGAUGUGGCCCCGCCCCCAGCACGCUCACCUCGGGGUGUGGCCUCGCGCUCACCUCGGAGCACAGCCCCGCCCCUGGCCUCGUUCUCACCUCCGUGCGAGGCCCCGCCUCCGGGCUCGCGCCACUCUUGGGCUGGAGCGUUUCUCAGAGUCUGGUGGGGAUCAGUUUUGUCGAACCUCAGGUGGUCUCCAAGAGGACUGGGGAUGGUCUUCCAAGGCCGAGUCCCGACAGAGACUCGUGGUCACGGAAUUUAGGUCUGGGCCCUCACCAAAGCUAAGCAGUCAGGAGAGGGAGCCCUAGCGAGCAGGAGGGGGAGGAAUGACUUCAGAAAUCCGGCAUUUUAAUGAUGAUGACUCAGGGAUAUGAAGGACCAGAGGCCUCCGAGAUCAACAGCCCCGAAAGAAAGAGUUAUGUUGAGAAAUAACGGGAAAAAAACUGCUCACAGAUGGGAAUAUGAAGCAAAGAAUCGCCGUGAUAAUGACUUUUGUUUAUUAGUGAGACGGAAAUUUCAGGACACCAAGAGGCUGAAAUGGGUCAAAUGGAUUCUCCUGGUUUUUAUUCUUUAUUAACUUCAGAGCUCAUCAAUAUUCAGGUAUAUACAUGACUUUCUACUCUCAGACUGAACCUCAAGUCUGGCUUUGUUUGCUUGUUGAUUGAAAAGGAGGCAGACAACUGAGGGAUUCCCACAUUGAUCUUAGAGCUAAAUUUAGGAAGUUGAUCAUGGUACCAGUCCAGCAGCAGUGGACUCUUCUAAUACUUUUUUUUUUUUUAAGUUUAUUUAUUUAUUUUGAGAGAAAGGCAGAGGGAGAAUCCCAAGCAGGCUCCCCCACUGCCAGUGUAGACCCGAUGCAUGUCAUCGACUCCACCAACCAUGGCAUCAUGACUUGAACUGAAAUCAAGAGUCGGAUGCUCAGCCUACUGAGCCGCCCAGGCAUCCCAGUUGUAACACUUUUUAUUAUACCCUCUUGAGCAGAAAUUGUGGGCCCCUGGUGAGACCCAACUGCAACUCUUUUAUCUUUUUUAUUACAAAAGGACAAGUUUCUCCCUAAUUUAUUUAUAGAGACACACAUAUCAAGAGCAAACAGGAUUCCUAAUCAAAAGGAGUUUCAGAGGGGGGAAAAUCUUUUGAAUGCUUUUAAUGAAGCAUAUAACUU